AUGGCGGACGAGAAGCCCAUCGCAGAAGUCGAACAGGGGCUUCCCACGGACUCGAAGCACCAAGAUGAUCACCCUCACAAGAAGGCCGUGACAAGCACAAUACUCGCCUCUAGUGCCGAGGAGCGUGCCUUGCUAUUCAAGCAGGAUAUGAGGAUCAUUCCUUUGUCGGCUGCAAUCUACUUUCUAUGCAAUCUAGACCGCUCAAACAUUGGCAACGCGAGAAUCUUGAAUUCCACCUACAAAAAUGACAUGCAGACAGAGCUGCAUAUGACGCCAGUGCAGUUCAAUAUUGCAUUGAUGAUAUUUCUCAUUGGCUAUUUUGCAUUCGAGGUUCCAUCCAAUAUAAUGCUCAAGAAGCUGCGACCAUCACGAUGGAUUGCAUUUCUGAUGCUCUCGUGGGGCGCCAUCACCAUUGGCCUCGGUGGGACACACACUUUCAGCCAGGUGACCGGAGUACGAUUCCUGCUUGGUGCAUUUGAGGCUGGUCUGUUCCCAGGACUGGUCUAUUAUCUCACUUUUUGGUACAAGAGCAACGAGAGAAGUGUCCGGGUCGCCUUCAUCUUGGCCAGUGCGACUCUGGCGGGCGCGUUUGGCGGCGCGAUUGCCUACGGCAUCGGCCACAUCAAUCAGGCAGGGGGUCUUUCGGGGUGGAGAUGGCUCUUCAUCAUUGAGGGAAUUCCUUCAUGUUUGUCCGCGGUCGCGGUCUACUUUAUCCUGCCCGACUUUCCCGAAACCGCAAGCUGGCUCUCUCAGGAGGAACGAGAUCUGGCCACGCGGCGGCUCCUCGUUGAAGGCAGCAAAGGCGACGGCCACAGUAUCACAUGGGCAGACGCAAAAGCGACCCUCACGGACUGGCGUCUGUAUGGUCACUACCUCAUCUACUUUGCCGUGUCUCUCCCGUUCAGCUCUUUGUCGCUUUUUACACCAUCCAUUACUGCCGGUCUGGGCUACAAAGACCUCCAAGCGCAGCUGAUGACAGUUCCUCCCUGGGCAGUAGCUUAUGUUGUUCAAGUCCUCGUUGCCUGGUCUGCCGACCAUUUCAAUGCGCGCGGCCUUCACUGCGCUGGAGCAGCAUUUGCGGGUGCGAUCGGAUUCUUGGCUUCGGCUGCGGCACCCCCGGAUGCAUACCGUGGACGGUAUGCCUGCCUCAUCAUCGGCACUUCGGGCGCCUUUUCGUCGAUUCCCCCCAUGCUCGGAUGGCUGACCUCGAACAUGUGGGACACGGCCGCGACAGGACUUGCCGUUGCACUAAACGUCAGUAUCGGCGCCGGUAUAGGUCAGAUUCCUGGCGUUUGGAUCUACAAGUCUGAUGAAGCCAGCCGCGGCUAUCCUACUGGCCAUGGCGUCAAUUGUGCCAUGCUGUUUGUGGUGGCCAUUGGUGCGGUAUUGUUGCGUAUUUACUAUGGUCGAAAGAAUAAGCAGAUCAUUCGGCAUGCCAACGGCGAAGAGGAACCUAGGCUGUACAAACUCUAA